GAUUCGGUCCAGGUAGCCACGGAAAUUAACAAGAUGUGGAGAUUCCUACUGAUCUGCAGUAUUCAGCUGAUCUGCGCCUCGGAUCACAGUGGCGAAGGAUAUGGUGGGGGUUACGGUGGCUACGGGGGAAGUGGCGGAGGAGGCAGCGGAUCAGGAGGGAGCGGCGGAGGAGGCGAUGGCGGCCACUUUCAUCACCACACACCGACUACGUAUUCGGAGAUUUCGAAACAUGUGCCUGUCCACGUGAUCGAGAAGAUUCCGCUGCCCAUUCCGCACCCGGUGGCCGUCCAGGUGCCGAACGUGAUUCGGCUGCAGAUCCCAGAGCCAUACGCCGUCCACGUGCCCGUCCAGCAGGAGAUCCAAGUUCCGGUGUACAAGAUAGUGCCCGAAAUAACCGAACGGAAAAUCCCCUACACCGUGGAAAAGCCAUACCCCGUGGAGGUGGAGAAACCAUAUCCCGUCGAGGUGAUCAAGCAGAUAAAGAUUCCGGUGCCGAAGCCCUACCCAGUUCCCAUCACCAUCUACAAGCACGUCCUGCAGAAGGAGCACGGCUGGUGAUGAUGGUGGUCGUUGGUUCUUAGGUGUGUAAGUAUCAGGAUGCCAGCUCUAGGUCCCAGAGUAUUAUAUUACGAACUUAAAGAGUAAUGAAAUAUAGUAUUUAAGCAACUA